CGAUCAGCUUUUCCGGCUUCUGCGCAAUGCUCGAUUCUCAUUUUCAUUAUCAACAACGUUAUUAUUAUAUAUUCGUAUUUACUAUUUUGUUUUGGACAUCGAUCGGCACAAGUGUUGAACCACUACAGCGUCUAGCAGAGUAGCGCCACUCGCCCCCACUUGGGAGUCGACUGUCGAUAGCGUCUGACUACUGUUCGCGGUGAUCAUCUGAGUCGAGGCGUUCAUCUUUCAGUUUUUAUUGCUCUCUUUGCCGCCACCCGCAUCCUGCGUUCCUGUCAACUGCCGCCGAAACUGCUUUGCACAGUAACCUGUAGAGCGUCUUCUGCCGUCCGGACAAGCUGCGCCGUUGUUUUGCUUCUCGCCACUUCCACUCUCCAACGUACGAGUCAAUUCCAACCGGUGUGUGGUGGUGAUCAGGUGCUGGUCCUCUCUCCGCUUCUGCUUCGGAAAAUAAGUUGUCCGACAGGAGAUAAAAUUAUGGGUAGUCCAUCAAGAACAUGGGAACAUAGCGAAGACAUUAUGGAAGUAGAUAAUUUAUAUAGAGCUUUUUUAGCAAGGGAUGAUAUAGAUAUUUUAAAUGAUGUGCCAGAUAUAUUGGCUGCAGGUCUAAGAAUUACUUCACGAAUGUUUUCUCAACAAGAACCGUUAGAACCAGUACCACCAGCGAUUCCAAUUCCUCCAUAUAUGCACCAAAUUCCAAUGGAAGAAAUAAAUGUAGAAGAACCAGUUGAAGAAUAUGAAGUUGAUGAUGAUGAUGAUGAAGCUAGUGACCAAUUUUCAAUCAAUAUGGCAAAUAGAGCAACUCGGCGACGAGGUAUUUCAAAUAAUUCAGAUGAUUCUUUAGACGGAGAAGCGACAGAAUAUCCUGUAUACCUUCCAGCAGGAUCUCCAGUAGGAUUUCCUAUAGAAUCUCCAAUGGAUUCUCUAGCUACAUCUCCAGAAUCAUCUCUUGAAUCUUCUCCUGUGGGAUCUCGUGCUACAUCUCCAAUAAGAUGUCUACCAACAACUUCAGCAUCAUCUUUAAAACGUACUUUUGAAAAUCUUGAAAACGACAAUUCAAAGACAGAAGAUGAAGCUUUUUCCUGUUCAAUAUGUUUAGAUACUUUGACUAAUACUGGUAUGCAUAAACCGGCUUGUUUGAAAUGUGGUCAUAUUUUCGGAGAGAGUUGUUUACAGAGAUGGAUUAAGAUUGGAUGUAAUAGGGAUGCAAAAAGAUGUCCAACAUGUAACAGAAGAGCAAAUGUAAGAGAUAUUAGAGUUUUAUAUACAAAAAAUCUAGUAGCUGUGGAUACAGCUGAAGUAACUGCACUUGAACUUAAAGUGGAAAAAGAAAAUCGAGAGAAAAAUUUAAUGCAUUUGGAAGCAGAAAAGUGGAAAGUCAAAGCUACAUAUUUAGACAGCGAAGUGAAAAGAUUAAAAACUAUGGUGGAUAUAGAUCUAUUAAAUAAACAGGCAGCUGGUCCUACUUCAUUACGACAAUGUAUAAAAAAAAUUAGUAUGUGCAAGAACGUGGGCUGUAGGGUUAUGGCAUACAAUAAACAUACUAUGAUGUUGGUAGUGUCACAGCAUUCUGAAUCGUCAUUAUUCAAUAAUUCGCAUGUGAUCAGAAAAUUGAACGGAUCAAUACUGGAAGCUUCUAAAGAAUGUAUUUUUGCACACAAAAAGCAAAUUCGUGAUAUGGCUUUCCAUCCUCUUGAACAUAAUCUUUUGGCUUCUGUCAGCUUGGAUAAAUGUAUCAAUCUAACGGAUGUAAAUUGCAACCAGACUGUUUCUACUAUAGAUGUUAAUGAACCGUUGUGGUCAUGUUGUUGGGCUGGUGACAAUACCAACGUGUUGGUUGCUGGUGGUCAAAUGGGAUCCUUAUACUAUAUUGACCGCAGAUAUAUGAAAUUGUUCAAUGCUGAUCAGUCUCGAAAACUUGGUUGUGUUUCUCUGAUCCCCAUCUCGCCAUCAAAAUCUCGGGCGUUCAUUAAUGGUGGGUUCAUGAAGACCAGAAUGGACUUAUUGUCUAUGUUUGAACAAGUACCGGGAAAAGAAAUGCAUUCCUACACAGAGACUGGAUUGCCAUUGAAAGGGCUCUGGACUAAUACUUCUUUUGACUACAAUUCUAAUCUCAUUCUGUCAUCUGCCAAACCUUCUGGUCCCAACAAGUCUAUCAGACAUAUUGUGUCUAAAAUAGCAGAUUACGAUGCAGAAGGACCUGUAAUAACUCCAGUAGUCACUUUUUAUGGCGGAGAUAAGGCUACACAAUUGUCCCGCUCAUGUUUGGUGCCAACCACCGGUGCAUCAUACGAAGACACACUUGCUUGUAGUUUUGAUGAAAAGUCAAGAUCCGUCAAAAUAUUCAAUGUCAACCAGGGCAGCAAUAUUCACAAUUUCCAUGUUCAAGAUGACAUCUUUUUGGAUUUAUGUCCCUUAACCGGUAUGAUGAAUAGCGGUAGACGAGUAUUGGCUGGUUUGUCAGAAAAUGCUGUUAGUUUAUUCACUGUCUAGAAAAAAAAACAAAGAUAUAAUGUUUUUGUUUGUGUGUGCAUUUAUUACUUAUAAAUUUAAAUUAAACAUUUUUCCAUGAACAAAAUAAUUGUAAUGCAUUUUGUGCAUAUACAUUUGAUUAAACAUUGUGCUAUCCUAUAUUGAUAUAUUUUAAACUUAGUUACUUAGUAAGUCUGAUGUCUAUUGGCAUACAAUAUUAUAUGUUUGCUUUUAUAAAUAUUUUAUUGUUAUGAUUUAUUUGCUGUUUCAUUUUAAUUAUAUAAUUUACAUUAAAUUUUCAAAGCUAAUUUACACACAUAGUCUUAUGAAUUUUUGGCUGACAAAAAAUAAAAUAGAAAUGUAACAGAAUGUAAAAAUAUUAUCAAAUCAUGAUAAUAAUAUCACUAGAGUAUGGAUUUUACAGCACUUAAAAGCUAUAGAAAUAAACCUCUACAAACCCGUCAAUAAUAUAUUAUUUUAUUUAUUAUUCACUCACAAAUUGUCAAAAAACAAUGUAUAAUAAUAAUUAGGACUUUUAUUCACACAAAGCUGCUUGGUUUCAAUUUUAAUAAAAAAUUUAAAAAUAAAUAAAUUAGUAUGUAAAUUAACUUAAAGCUGUAUAAAGAGUGUAACAAAAAAAUUCAUGAUCCAAAAGCACUAAAUAAAAUUGUUAACAUUUGUUCCAUGUUACAUGAAUCAUAUUUAAAACUGACAAAACUUUGUUUUGAACCAGUUAAAAAAAGUAAACCCAUCAAAAUCCAUACUCUAAACUUAAAUAUUUGUGUAAUAUUAUACUUAUAUCAUUUUAAGAAUAAAUAAUUUUUACGAUUUCAUAAUGUUGUUACGGGAUCACAAAUUCAUAGAAGUUAUACGUCUAUACCAUAUAUCUAUAAACUAAUGGAUAGCGCAUGGAGAGACAAAUCACCAGACGGGAUUGUUGAUAGAGAAAUAGAGGUUUUGGGCCGCUACAGUGUUCCAAAACAUAGCCCAAAACAUGUUUUUUCUCUUUCAUAUGCUUAUAUGUUAUGUUCUCUCUCUCAGUUAUGUCUUCUGGAUUAACCAAGAGCAGGGCGGUGUGGAAAACACUGUAUUAGUUUAUAGGUCUAUGGUAUUUACUAAUAUGAUUAAUGAAUAGCAUCCCAGGGUUAUUGUCAAAAGAGUAACAACUGUAAAAUAAUUUGAAAUCAAUUUAUUAUAAUAAUAUACUUAUAUUAUACCAUAUAAA